GUUGUGUCGGAGCGGAGGGCGCCUCUUCUGCUCUUCACAUGUCUCCUGCCCGUGGAACCGCCGUCUGCUGAGAAGCGGGGUGUCCGUCCUGCUUUGGGGGGGUUCGCGGAUCCGAAACCGACCGGCACCGUCUGCGGGAAAUAGGGAAUGAACGACGAGACAGCACCGGACAGCUGGAAGAAUAACUCCGGGUGCUCCAGUAUUGAGCAAAUGCUGGCUGUGAAUCCCGGAAAGACGCCGAUCAGUCUGCUGCAGGAGUAUGGAACGCGGAUAGGCAAGACCCCAGUGUAUGACCUGCUGAAGGCCGAGGGACAGGCCCACCAGCCCAACUUCACGUUCCGCGUCUCAGUUGGAGAGAUCAGCUGCACCGGCCAAGGGCCCAGCAAGAAGGCGGCCAAGCACAAAGCAGCCGAGGCUGCUCUGAAGAUGCUACAAGAGGAACUCGAGGGUCCCACUGUUGUCGGUGUUGGAGUAGAAGGUAUUAUUGCGGUUGAAGUGUCUACUGAUGGAGACAGCUGCAAGACAGAGAUGAAGACCUCAAGCAGUUCUCAGCAGUCCGAAUGUAACCCCGUGGGGGCUCUGCAGGAGCUGGUGGUGCAGAAAGGAUGGCGUCUGCCAGAGUACACGGUCACUCAGGAGUCUGGUCCUGCACAUCGAAAAGAGUUCACCAUGACCUGCAGAGUCGAGAGAUUUGUGGAAAUCGUCUCCGGUUCAUCUCCAGGAAGUGGAACGUCCAAGAAACUAGCCAAGAGAAACGCAGCAGCUAAGAUGUUAUCGCGUAUCCACGAUGUUCCGGUCGACCUGAGGACCCCCCACGAGCCAGAUGUGGAGGAUGAUACGUUCACUGUGCACAUGGGGAACAAAGUUGACUCGGGUAAAAGUAAAAGCUUCAGCUGCACAUGGGACUCUCUGCGUAACUCAGCUGGAGAGCAGAUCCUCCAGCUCCGCAGCCACCCUCUGGGAAUGCCCUCCGACUCGGACUUCUGCUCCCUCCUGAGUGACCUGUCCGUCGAACAGAGCUUUGACGUCAGCUACUUGGAUCUGGAGGGGCCCAGUCUGAGCGGCGUGUGCCAGUGUCUCGUGGAGCUGUCCACGCAACCAGCCACAGUGUGCCACGGCUCCGCCCCGAGCAAAGAUGCCGCUCGUGCCAUCGCAGCCCACAAUGCACUGCACUACCUCAAAAUCAUGGCUGGAGGGAAAUGAUGUCAAGUCAUGUUCCUACUCGCAGACUCGAACUCGCAAAACUGCACAUUGCCAGGAUGAAUUUCCACUUUGGACGACGGAGGGAACCUUCGUGAUGAGUUCAGAAACCGUGAAUUACCUCAGAUUUGGAGAAACAAAACUUUUCAUGUCCCUCAAGUUUAAGCCCUGGAGCCCGAUUUGGCCACUUUGAUUUCUAAACGUCGCAAGUGAACAUUAAGUUGCCCAAAAAUUCAUGAACACUCCUCUUCUUGCAAAUUAUUUAAAAAUUCCUUUUCAGUCACUUUCAUUUUUGCUUUUCAGUACAUACAGAGCUCAUUUCUUUAUACCUCAAAUCAAAAAUUUACAAAAAGUCUUUAUCUGGAAUUUUAAAUGGUGCUUUUGUCAAAAACUGGAGACGAAUUCUGGUGCAACGAAAACAGAAAUUGGACAAUGGAAUCACCGAUCUCAUGGAUGGACUCGAAAAGAAUGAACAGCCAUGCCACUGAAACAUGGAGGAAGAGACUCUGCUGAACAAAUAUCAGAGGAGAAUGUUUUAAAGACUGGCCCUUUUACACUUGAGCUUGUGUGAACCUUUUUUUUUUUGUCUUGUAUGUUAAUCUGAUCCCCUGAAGCUCAAACAGUUUGUUGCUGUGAUGCUGAAGGAUCUAACUUUCUUUUGCCAAACUUCCCCUGUCGUUUUAAAACUCUUUGGCCCGGCACAUAUUGGGUUUGUUUGAAAAUUAACCCUCUCUAAUAAUGUUACACUCUGAUAUUUACUGUAGUAUCAAUCAAAUUUAGUAGAAUUAUCAGUCAUCAGUGAGCUUGAGUGAUACCAUUUUUUUUAUUGAUUUCCCACGUGUAGAAUCCCUUGGAAGAUGUACACCAAUGGCUAUCAGAGCGUUUUAGGAAUGCUCACAGUGAUCAUGAGAAUUUAGAAUCUCCUUAUUGGUUCAGUUCACACACAAAUGUUCACAUUUGGGAGUAAAUCAAGACAACACAAAAUGUGAUUGUAGCAAAUAUUUCCCAGUUUCUCUAUUCACUAUGCAGUCAGACCAAUAAAUAAUAAAUUAACUUCUGUGUGAAUCAAAGAGCUGAAAAAAGAACUAGGGGUUGUUGUUGUUGUUGUUAUCAAUAGAACGUUAGACAAAACAAAUAGAUUUUUUUUUUUUUGGUCAUCCCUCAGACAAAUAAUGUCUCUUGUGCCGUUUCAAAGAUAGGAACUAACGAUGGUUUUCCUCUUUAUAUUUCACACCCCUGUGAUUACGUUUCUCUUUUCUCCGUCAAUGUGACUGAUUCCUGUGACGUUAUUUAAAAGAGCCGUUGACACCUGCGUCUGGGUGUGAACUCUCAUCACCACCUCUGUUACUGCAGUAGCUAAUCGGUCAAUACAAUUCAUUGCACUCUGCUGAAAUAAGUAUCGGAAAAGAGUCGGAAACAGUUUGCACUAGUUGAGAAGAUAAAGUCCUUUGCACAGAUGCAGGCGGAACAUGUUCGAGUGCAGCGGGUUUGACGCAACACUGACCUCAUUCUGUCUGAAACGGCAGAUCUGCAUUUUGUUAUUCUGAGAUAAGGAAGUUAUCUCCUGGUUUUAGUGAGUUUUAUGUGCUGACAUUAUUCAAUUUGAGACAGUUCUUUGUCAUAGUUAAAUUGUUUGCCCAGUUUAAAAUAAAUAAAGUGCGAGCUCCAUGUGAAA